GAUUUUGUAGAGCACUGUCCACCAGGAUAAGAUAAGAAACGCAAGGUACCAGGGCUUGAAUCCUUCCCCAUGUUUUUUGAAUUAGCUGAAGAACUGUUUCUUAAUGCCUUGGCAAUAUACCAUACAAGCAGAACCAGAAGACAAUGAAUCUCAGCCUGUGGAAAUAACUAUGGACUACGGUUCAUGAACCUUUAGUGAUGACCCAAAGCUGUUUCAGUCCUUUUGUUUUUGACUAGUUUUGAAAAGUAGGGUGACCUUUUGAAUUUGGAAACAAUAAAGAUUUCCUUGAUUGUUGGAACUAACCGCCCUGGAUUUAAAUUUGAAAGGAAAACAAGGCUGUGGCCUGAGAUUUUGACUACGUGAUAAGGAAAAAGUUUCAUCCUUAUUAGGAAAACUGUUACAGAAAAAUCAGUGUUCCUGAUUCUCCAAAUCUGAUUCUACUGGCAAAUUAGAGCUUUAUAAGUAUUCUUCAAGCUCUCUCUUGGCCAUCUCUACCCGAAAACAAAACCAAAAAAUGGCCUCUGGUAACCAUCUUCUCUCUGCAGCUUUGCUCCUGUUGGUAGCAUCUUUGUUCAUCUGUCAUUCCUAUGGGGUCACUGAAGAUGUGCUGGCCACCAUUUGCUCCGACACCCAGAACCAGGAAAUCUGCGUGGAAAUAUUAGAAAGUGAUCCACGCACGAAAUCAGCAGACCUGCCUUUACUUUCAGCAAUAUCUAUAGAGCUAGCAAUGAAACGAGCUAGUAAAACUUUCGAUACUUUCUCGAAGUUUCGUGAUAAUUCUACUGACCCUGGUUUGAAAAGUUCUUAUGGAAAAUGUGUGGAAAUUUACCAGGACAUGAAAGACAAGCUCGAAGCUGAUCAGGAGUUGUCACGCAAGAAGCAGUUCAAGAAGAUCACUGAUGUGGGUGGAUUGACAACACUGGCUUACAAUUGUGAGAACGGGCUCCCUUCAGACUCACCAACUGGUGCCAUUACUGUCGAUAUGCUUCUCACCAUCCAGACUGCAAUUUAUGUCAAUCAAUUUGUUUCUCGAUCAGCUUAGCGGAGGUUCAUUUUGGCCUUUAUGAAUUUGUUUAGACACAAUAGGAGUGUGAAUAAUUUUGAAGAAAAGUUUCACAGUGGGAAUGUGAAUAAUUUUCCAGUUUGCUUCUCCCAUCAGAAACAACUUGUA